CAGCUCUCUGACUGGUCCGGUCGCUUCUCCCACUCCUCAGACGUACAGCUGACUCCCUCCUCUGUCCAGUCGUGUGUUAAAUACUUACUUUCUCUGGUCGUUCCUCGGUCUUUAUUAAUUCCAUCAACAAAAUGCCUUUAAAGUUUGAGCUGUGUCCUGGUAGAAUGAUCGGCGGCAACCAUCCGUGCUUCAUCAUAGCGGAAAUAGGGCAAAACCACCAGGGAGACAUUGAGAUUGCCAAGAAAAUGAUCAAAAUGGCAAAGGACUGUGGGGCUGACUGUGCCAAAUUUCAGAAGAGUGAAUUGGAGCAUAAAUUUAACAAGCAAGCCUUGGAGCGGACCUACACUUCCAAGCACUCUUGGGGAAAAACGUAUGGUGAACACAAGCGCCACCUGGAGUUCAGCCAUGAGCAGUACAGGGAGCUGCAGAAAUAUGCUGAGGAGGUGGGGAUCUUCUUCACAGCCUCAGGGAUGGAUGAGAUGGCAGUGGAGUUUCUCCAUGAGCUCAAUGUGCCUUUCUUCAAAGUGGGAUCGGGAGACACCAACAACUUUCCAUACCUGGAGAAGACUGCCAAGAAGGGACGUCCCAUGGUCGUGUCCAGUGGGAUGCAGUCCAUGGAUACAAUGCGCCGAGUCUACAAGACUGUGAAAGAACACAACCAGAACUUUGCAAUCCUGCAGUGCACCAGCGCCUACCCACUGGAAGCUGAAGACGUCAACCUCAGCGUGAUCAAGGAAUACCAGAAGGAAUUUCCUGAUAUUCCCAUUGGUUAUUCCGGCCACGAGUCUGGGAUUCAUAUUUCUGUGGCAGCUGUGGCUCUUGGAGCAAAGAUUAUCGAGCGCCACAUAACCUUGAACAAGACGUGGAAGGGAAAUGACCAUGAAGCCUCACUGGAGCCGUCUGAGCUGACUGAGCUGGUCCGCUCUAUCCGGCUCGUUGAGAGGGCAAUGGGUAACGGCGUCAAGCAGAUGUUACCCUGCGAAAAGCCAUGCCACGAUAAGUUGGGUAAAUCGGUGGUAGCCAAAGUGAAGAUCCCCAAGGGAACUGUCCUGUCUCUAGACAUGUUGACAGUGAAAGUGGCCGAGCCCAUGGGCGUCACAGCGGAGGACAUUUUCCAGCUGGUUGGUAAGACUGUGACGGAGGACGUGGAGGAGGAUGAGAGCGUUGUGCCGGCAGUGGUGGACAGUUAUGGAAAAAGGGCUAAAUGCUGAGGUUGUUUGAGACGGGCAGGGGAAAAAAAACAUAGGCACUUCAUUUGAGAGGCAAGGGGAAAAGUUUCCCCUGAGGAUAAUUCUAAAGGCACCAAUCAUGACAUUCGUGGAACUUUGAUGGUAAUUUUAUUUUGUUGCUGACAUUCCUGACUUUCAGAUCAUGGACGGGCACUCAGCAAAAGGUGAUCUACUGUAAUUGGACAUUAAUUGUAAUUAAAGUCUAAUAGUGUGGAUAUAGCUGUGGCUCCUCAAAGUUGCCUUAAUAGUACUUAAAACCAUGUCAUUAUCUUGCAAGUAGCUUUGUAGCUUAUCUUUCAGCUUGUAGAUAAGCGCUACUGCUACUGGUCAUUUUAUCACACGGCUCUGAUAAUCAAAGUGCCUGUUCAAAGGUCGGAGUAAUUUCCUUUGUACUUAAGGAGCUGUUAAGAUUGACAGUGCCAUUUCUGUGACUAAAUAUGGCAGGUUUUGUAUUUAUGCAGCUGUUCCGACCGUCCAAUCCCCAACAACAUUCACCAGCACGUCACACGUUUGUGACGUCAGCUUCUCGGUACCGUAAUUCCAGAUAUAAUUGCCAGAUAUUUGAUUGAAAGUUGAAGUUAUCUUGAUAAUUCCACUGCCAAAAAAAAAUCAAAAUAAAUCCAGGUAUCCUGAUUAUCAUGAUGGUUAUAAGAGGGUUAUAACAUAUACUUGUUGAAAUCUGUUUGGACUCUGUUGAAACAUCUACAAUGAUCUGAAAAGAUGAAGCCUUCCAAUAAAAAUAUCAGCUUUGCCAAAA